AAUAUUAUACAUUCCAUUCUACUAAAUAGUAAAUAGUAAAUUCUAGUGCAAAUUAGUGUUUAAUGUUUAUACUGCAAUUUUAUGGUUCUCAUGUUUUAUCUUUAGAAAAUUGGAAAUAGUUCAAUCUCGAUUUAUUUUACCACUUUAGUAUUAGUAUAAGUUUUUAGUUACAGAAUAAAAGUUUAUUGGAAAGUGUUCUGUUUUGUUCGUGACGUGACAGUUUUAAUAAAUAUUAAACCGAGUUCAGUUACAAAUCAGGCCAUUAAAAUCUUCGAGGAUGUAAGUUAAUUGUUUGCAAUGCAUCCUGUACGAAGACGUAAGAAACGACCCAACUAUGGUGUACGUAUGGUUGAAGUGAAAAGAGGCAAAAAUGGAUUUGGAUUUACUAUUUCUGGCCAGCAACCAUGCAUUCUUAGUUGCAUUGUUCCCGGUAGUCCUGCCGACCAGGCUGGUCUUAGAGCAGGCGAUUAUUUGGUAGCUGUAAGCAACCAUAAUGUCAGUAAACUAUUACAUGAUGAUGUAGUACAAUUAAUUGGUGGAUGUCAAUCUGCUCUGCGAUUACAAAUAGCGGAGAAUUAUUAUUCUGAUAGCUCUGAUGAAGAAUUUAAAAAUGAAUUAGGAAGACAACGACCAAAAUAUCCACACAAAUCUAGGCCAGCCUUAACUCCUAUCAAUGUAAAUAAAAUGAGAAAUGAUGAUCCUAAUUAUGGAAUUGAGUUUGCUCAUGUAUCAAAACCUUGCAAUCGUAAUAAUAAUAACUGUUCAAUAUAUGAUAAAGAAGCAGUAUCCAUUUAUAAUUUUCAAAUUGUUGUGAGAUAUUUAGGUUCAAUUGAAAUGCCAUGUAUACCUGCUGGGUCCCGGCUACAAGUUGUAAAAAGCUGUAUUAAACGUUUAAAAGCUGAAAAACGUUCUCAUGCUGCUGUACUCAUGACAGGAUAUGGAUCCAGUCUUUGUUUACAAAAUAAUGCUGGAGUAACUUUAGCUGUUUAUCCAGGUAGUCGUGUCAUGUUUUGUGCUGCCAGUUCUGAUGAAAAUAGCAAAUACUUUGGUGUUGUUACUAUAUCAUCUAUAGAUGAUGAGCCAUCAAACUCGUGUCAUGUGUUUGCUGUAGACCCAGUAUCACAUGAAGACCAUUGUGCACAAGCUAAUAGUUUUAAAAUCACCUGUGUCAGAGAUUCAAAUGGUGUGUGUACUCAAUUCCCUCCAAACUGUGAUCAAGUUGUAGUUGCUAUUGAAAAGUAUUAUAAAAAUGAUGCUAAUCGUAUUUCGGUUGUUGGCAAUUCCCCACAUCCAAGUCAUGAUAGCACAACAACAACAACCAGCAACAGUGAUUCAGGUAUUGGAUACAAGGAUUACUGUGGUAUGCAGACAGAUAGAAUAUUAAUGGUUGAUGUACAGAAUCAGUGUUUACACAUACAACAAGUUGGUGAAAUGGCUACACAUUGUGUUGAUUGUUCAGAUUCAAUUACUCCUAAGGAUACUGCAGUUGAACGUGGACCUAGGAGUCGUUCACCAUUAAGUACUAGUUCAGUUGAUCUGGUUUUCAGUCAAUUAGGACCUGAUUAUACAAUCUUAAGUAGAUCGCCUGGGCCCCGUAGAUCAAAAAGCGAGAGUAGUGUACAACAUGAAAAUAAUUCAUGUGAAGGAAUGAGUUUAGGAAGCAGUUAUCGAAGUCAAGAAAUAUUAUUAUCAGAUGUCAAAACAAAAUCAAAUACAGAAUUUGACUGUUUAAGAUAUCCUCUUGUUACUCAAAGUUUAGAAGACUUUAAAACUAAUGAUGAAGAUUGUAUUGUUAACAUAUGGGGAAGUUUACAAAAUAUUAAAGAAGGAACUGAAGAUUUUAUCCCAGAAACUGAUGGAUUAUAUAAUAAUUCAAAAACCAGCCAAGCUCAAGAUUGGACUUUAUCGUUUGAGAGAGUUUUACAAGAUCCUAUAACUUCACAAAAUUUUGCAGAGUUUCUAAAAAAAGAAUUUAGUGCAGAAAAUUUGUACUUUUGGACUGCGUGUGAACGAUAUCACUCCACUAUAGACCAAGAGUUGCGAUGUGCAAUUGCUCGAGAUAUAUAUGCUAAACAUUUAGCAUGUGAUGCUGUUGAACCAGUAAAUGUUGACUCAAAAGCUUCAAAUCUUACAAUCGAACAAAUUGAAGAAGCUGAUCCUAAUCUCUUUUUACAGGCACAAAAACAAGUGUUUAAUUUAAUGAAGUUUGAUAGUUAUCCCCGUUUUGUAAAGUCUGAUCUUUAUAAAAUGUGUUUAGUAGAACAGAUAGCUGACCAUUUACCAUUUAGUGAACAAGAUACUACUACUUUUAAAUCUGCAGAAUGCUCUAGCAAAAAGAUAAAUGAUAUUGAAGAAACAACUAAUACAAGUACUAUUGACUACCAUGUUAAUACCGGUAGUCGUCGAAAAUCAUUAUUAUCAUGGAGACGUCAAUCUACAGUCCAGCCUCCAUUAACAUCUGGUUUGUGUCGAGUGACACUUCCAGACCAAUCAUCAACAGUUUUGCACGUAACUCCAGAUAUUACUGUCCAAGUGCUUAUUCAGAGAUUAUUUGAUAAACGUGGUUAUCCUUAUAAACACUUCAAAGUCAAAAUUCAAUCCAACAAUGAACAGAUAAUUGAUUUAAAUGGCAGUUCGUGUGUUCUGGAUGGUUUAGAUGUUAAAGUUGAACCUAGAAUAUGGUUUAGAUUAGAUCUUCCUGACAGAAAAACUAUAAAUGUUGAUUGUAAAAUAGAUUCAACAGUUGGACAAGAGAUAGGUCCCAUAUUAUCCUCAUAUGGUUAUAAAACUGAAUUAGUUACUCUGUGUUCUAUAAGUGAAAAUGAAGUUAUUGAUCCAGAUAUGGAUGUUUCACUAGUAGAAAGUCGUCGAAUACAAGUUUUGACUCGCAGUAGUAUGACAUCAUUUGCUCAAAAUAUGACACUAAGAAAUGGACAAGAUUCAGAUAACUUGGAUGAUUUAACUAAUCAAGUAUUUGAAGACCUUUUGCAAAACAAAAAUCCAGAAUUGAAUAAACUUCCAUCAGAUCAAGGGUCUAUAAAAUCUGAAGAAUGGGGAUCAGAACAAUCUUCUAGUUUGAUUAGUAGAUUUUUAAGAAGAGAUUCAAUAUUUCACGAGAAACAAAGAAAAAUAAAGAAGACUUGUAAAUCACAAUUUGCAAUACAUGAUCAACAAAUAAAUAGUACUGAAAAAAAACAAACGCUGAGUAAACUUCCACCACUAAUUGCUAAAUUAAAACCAAUUACAAAAAUACAAAAUGAUAAACAAUCAGAAAGUGAUGCUUUAUAUGAAGGCUUAAAGCGAGCUCAAAGAAGUAGAUUAGAAGAUCAACGAGGUACAGAGAUCAACUUUGAAAUGCCAGAUUUUUUAAAGAAUAAAGAAAAUAAUACUAUAGAUACUAACAAAAAACAUCGUAAAUCAAUCAGAUUGACAGAACGUAAUGGUGAAAACAGGGAUUCAGCCCGCUUUUAUAAAUCUCUGGAUGAUGGGGAGUUUAAAAGGCCAAAUCCAAUUGCUGAUGAUCGUUCCAAAUUUAUAAGACAUCUCCCUCCUCCUUUACCACCUAAACCUAAAAACCUAACUAAUGAUCUUCAAAUCAAAAAAAAAGUUGACACCAAAACUAAAAAACCUGUGUACGUAGAUCAACCAACAAGUAGUUUUGUUUAAAUGUAUUGAAGAAGUUACAUAUCAAGUUUGCUAAUAUUAAUGUUAAGAAAAUGUAUUUUACAUACAUAUUAAGAGUAUUAUUAAAUGUAUUUUUUUUUAUGUUCAGUAUUAUUGUGGAGUGGGUAUUUAUAUUAUGUAUAUUAAAUAUUUUUAUAUUUUUACUAAAUGGUUAUGUAUAAACACAAUUUUAAAUAAUAAGUAUCUAUAUUUUUA